CAGGCUUUUAUUGAUCAAAUUUCCCAGAUAGUAUGAGAGGCUUGUUUAACUCGUCGCAUAAAACAGCUCGCAAGUCAAGAUCUUAGUAAAGGCUUACACGAUGGACGGCUGCUUCUCUUUUAAUGACAUCAAGUCCUUACAACAACUUAUUGCACCCCCCACAAACAAUGACUCCGAUUCAGAAGACGAUUUACCACAAGCUGGUGCUCGGAAAUUGGGGCCCGGGGAUAUCGGUAAAAAGGAAUCGGGAAAUCUCGAACAUAGUGGACCUCAUGCAGUGCUAAAGGGAGAAGGUGAUAACAUCUGGCAUUCCUCAGAAGUUUCCGCAGCCCCAGCUGCCGCUGAAAUUUUCGAUCCUCGCGAAGUGCCAGAGUACGAAAUGAAGUUCAAGCAGGCUGUAUCCACAGAAGACGUUUUUCUCGGGAUGAACGGCAAGACUCCGGGAACGGCUUCUUGUGAAUGGUUAACGGUCAUCGUCAAACUACCUGAUGAGCCGCGAGAAAAGGUAGAAUUGAGCGUCGAGUCAGAGCUCAUUGACAUUCGGAGUCCAAGGUACCGUCUACAUUUGCCAACUCCGCAUUCGAUCGAUCCGCACAAUUCUACCGCCAAGUGGCACAACGACUCGUCGACUCUAGAAAUAACUCUAAAGCUAACUAGGGAAAUGGACCCAAUCAAUUUCUAGAAUCUGCAAAUAUCUCAACAAAUAAUCAUUUCCGUUUACGAUAUGUGUAUAUAAUUAUGUGCCAUAAUAACGCUACAACAUUACGAAAUAAAUUAACUUCGAUGUAUAUUAUUUACUUGAAUAAAAUACA